AUGUCGGCACACUCGACGGCGUUGCCUUCGCGCGCCGCCACCGGGCUCAGCGGCCAUACCGAGGAUGCCGUGCCCGAGUUUGACCCGUCGACGACGGCCGGCCUGCUCGCCGAGCGCCUUCAGGCGUGGAAGCAUGCGGUGGGAUACCUCGAGGAAUACGUGACCGCCGUGGAGAAGAUCCACGGUCGUCAGGCCAAGGAGUACGAAAAGGCGCUCAAGACCAUCUCGAACCCACUUCGCGAGGGUCAGCACUUUGACCAGAGCCUCGGCGGCAUCGCCGGCUUCUUCGAAAACAUGCGCUCCAACACGCAGGCCAUCAUCAACACCAACCUCGAGACGGAGAAGAACAUCAAAGGCUCGGUCCUGCCCAUCCUCGAGCGGCUGCACAAAGAGAUCAAGCACAAGGCCAAGGAGCUCUCGAGCGGGGCCCAGAGCAGCGCCAAGGAGGUGGAGAAGCUGCGCAACACGACGCAGAAGCAGAUCGAGCUGCUCGGUCAGCAGACGGCCUCGUACGACUCGGCCGGCGGCCGGCUCACGGGCGCCGACGACCCCUACGUCGUCCACCGCGGCGUCGUCCACCGGCUCGGCAACCAGGUGAUCGCCGAGAACAACCACAAGAACGACCUGAUCGCGGUCCAGAACAACUUCGAGUCGUUCGAGGCGCACGUCAUCGACGUGCUGCAGCAGGCCAUGGAGGCCUUUGCCCAGCUCGCCGGCGGCCAGGGCGAAAAGGCACGCGCGCUCUUCGGCGACAUGCUCGGCACCGUGCAGGCGGUGCCCCGGUCCUUUGAGUGGACCAACUUCAAGAGCCGGUACGGCGACCGGCUCGCCAACCCCAACGACACGGCCCGCUCGGUCGAGGCGAUUCAGUUCCCCAACAUGUCGCACGCGUCGACGAAGCCGCUGAUCGAGGGCUCGCUCGAGCGCAAGUCGCGCAACAAGCUCUCGUGGGGCUACUCGACCGGCUACUACGUCGUGACGCCCUCCAAGUUCCUGCACGAGUUUAAGGACUCGGACGACACGCGCCAGGACCCGAAGCCGGAGCUGUCCAUCUACCUACCCGACGCCGUCAUCGGCACGCCGAGCGGCGAGAAGUUCAACGUCAAGGGCAAGGACAAGAGCAAGACGCUGAGCAGCAAGCUGACGGGCAGCACUGAGCUCGCCUUCAAGGCUCACACCGCAUCCGACGCCCAGAAGUGGUUCCAGGUCAUCCUGGGCAUCUGCGGCGCCGCGGGCCCGGCCGAGCCCAGCUCGCCCAACACCGGAUCGCCCGCCGCUUCGUCGCCCGUCGCCGGGCCCGGCGACAAGCUGGCGAUGAACCUGCCGACGACGGACCCCUCCGUCGCCACCGGCUACACGGGCCAGGUCGCGGGCGUCGUGAAAGGGUCGGCGACGGCGAACCCGACGGCGAAGUAG